ACUCGUUAUUUUUAUUAUUUGUCAUUAUUAUGACAAUUAGGCUAUGGGAGGAAAGAUAGUUCAACAGGUUGAAAACCAGCCCAAAAGAAUGCUCAAAGCAUUUGUGAAUAUGCAGUACCUAUUUUUCUAGAAUGAAAUUGAGUCACAUUUUACAGAGGGACAGUUUCUUCCCGGCAAAAUGAGAGUACGUCCCAUGUUGUAGCAUUGUGAGCAUUUCCUGAUAGUAAACAAGUUCCAGAGUGCAGGAGCCCACCCGAUGGAAGCUGGUGUUCCGCUAGGAGAAUUCUGGCCAAUCGGGAAAACUGGCCAAGGGCAUGUCCCAGCUCCGGCCUUCCCCCUUCCAAGGCCGCAGGACGUCAGCCCCUGUGCGUGUUCGCUGCCGGGUCCUGAGUUUGGCCGGAAGGUCCAGAGGCCCCGGCUCCUACCCGCACCAGGCAGGACGCUCCUACCCCUCCAGGCCUGCCCGGCGCGAGGCCCCAUCUCAGCACAGCGAUUCCCGACGCGCCGCGCGGAGAGGGCCUCCCAGACAAAGACGAAAACCAACCAACUUCCCUUCCCGGAGCGACCAGCGAUCUCGAAAAGCCGCGCAGUUGGGUCUCGCCUUCCUCUUACUCAGGAGGCCGGACACCAGGUCUCCCAUAGCAACUGCGGCCAAUAGCAACGGGUGCCCAGCCCGGGCAGCGCCCUCUGCGCAGGCGCGGAGAGGGGGCGGUCCUACGGCUUCCGCUCGCGCCCAGCGUCCUUUGGAAAUAGGGGCGGGGCCUGCGUGAUGGCGUCACGGGCCGGGGUCUCCGGUGGCGGGAAAAGGCGGCGCGAGGAUGGAGUCGCAGGAGAGUCGUGGUGGCACUGCCGAGUGCGGGGCCCAGGACGCUGCUCCAGGCCCCAGCAAGGCCCCCGGCAGCGCCGGCCACUACGAGCUGCCGUGGGUUGAAAAAUACAGACCAGUAAAGUUGAAUGAAAUUGUCGGGAAUGAAGACACCGUGAGCAGGCUGGAGGUCUUUGCAAGGGAAGGGAACGUGCCCAACAUCAUUAUCGCUGGCCCCCCGGGAACCGGCAAGACCACCAGCAUCCUGUGUUUGGCACGAGCCCUGCUGGGCCCAGCCCUCAAGGAUGCGGUUUUGGAGCUCAAUGCCUCAAAUGACAGGGGCAUCGAUGUUGUGAGGAACAAAAUCAAAAUGUUUGCCCAGCAGAAAGUCACCCUGCCCAAAGGACGGCACAAGAUCAUCAUCCUGGAUGAAGCAGACAGCAUGACUGACGGAGCCCAGCAAGCCUUGAGGAGGACCAUGGAGAUCUACUCCAAGACGACCCGCUUUGCUCUCGCUUGUAACGCUUCAGAUAAAAUCAUAGAGCCCAUUCAGUCCCGGUGUGCCGUCCUCCGCUACACGAAGCUGACCGACGCGCAGAUUCUUGCCAGGCUCCUGAGCGUCAUUGAGAAGGAGAAGGUCCAGUACACGGACGACGGCCUGGAAGCCAUCAUCUUCACCGCCCAGGGCGACAUGAGGCAGGCCUUGAACAACUUGCAGUCUACUUACUCGGGAUUUGGCUUCAUCAACAGUGAGAAUGUGUUCAAGGUCUGUGACGAGCCCCACCCCUUGCUGGUAAAGGAGAUGAUCCAGCAUUGUGUGAGCGCCGACAUCGACGAGGCCUACAAGAUCCUUGCUCACCUGUGGCAUCUUGGCUAUUCCCCAGAAGACAUCAUCAGCAACAUUUUUCGAGUGUGUAAAACCUUCCAGAUGGCAGAAUACUUGAAACUGGAGUUUAUCAAGGAAAUUGGAUACACGCAUAUGAAAAUAGCGGAAGGUGUGAACUCCCUUCUGCAGAUGGCAGGGCUCCUGGCCAGGCUGUGUCAGAAGACAGUGGCCCCAGUGGCCAGUUAGAGCAGGAGCCUCUCUUGCUGGGUGACGAGAGUCCUUAUUGCUGAGAGUCACGGCCUUCGCUUUGGGAAAAGUGAUGCCCUGGACCAACCCUGGAGCGCAUCUUCCUGGUCUUCACCUUGCUUCCAGCACAUCUCCCCUGCUCGUGGAGUGUUCAGACUCAGCCUCAGACUCACGAUGGGGUGAGAGGGUGGGAGGAGACCCUCCAGGACAUGGCCCCCCGUCUGUGCUUGUGUUGGCAUUUUACUAAUAAAACUUUACAGUUUUGUGGCAGAAAGGUGGCAGUGCCAGGCCACAAGGAAAAGCAGCCUCCUAUCUCCCAUGUAUACCCCUAGCGUCCUGCAGGUAGAGAGGUGGUUUUCAUAAUAGAUUGGACAGGCUAAUCUCAGUUUUUCUGGAAGCCAUAAGGACAAUCCCACAGGGUGAGGCAGGGUUUGCUGUAAUUUACCAGCCUGUCAGAACAGCCCGGGGCCCUGAGCCCUUCAGAAAGGGCUUGGCAAGAACCACCGAGGAGGGCAUCUCUGGCGGUCCAGUGGUGGAGACUUUGGACUUAACACUGCAAGGGGCACAGAUUUGAUUCCUGAUCGGGGAACUAAGAUCUAGCAUGCUUUGAGGGGCAGCCAGAAAAUUAAAAAACAAUAAAUAAAUAAAUUGGGGGAAAAAAAAAAAGUCACCUAGGAGAAUAGUGCAGAUAGACCCGGAGGAACCUCCCUCCAGGUCACCUUUUCUGUGUAGCCGGGUGUAUCUGUUCCUUGAGAAUUUCCCAGUGAAUUUUGUAGAAUUGCUUUUUUGUUUGUUUGUUGGCAAAAUGCUGGGUUUUUUCCCCAUGUUUAAAAAUUAUGGAAAAUAAUUAUUUUAGAUAAUAUAGAGAAUGAUAUGGUGAACUUUCACAUAACUCAUCUUAACAAUUUACCAACA